AUGGGCGACCUCCACAACACACCCAUUGUGAUUGACAAUGGAAGUGGCACAAUCCGCGCAGGCUAUGCUGGCGAGGACUCCCCUCGCUGCUUCUUUCCUUCAUAUGUCGGUCGGCCGAAGCAUCUCCGCGUCAUGGCUGGCGGGCUGGAGGGCGACGUAUUCAUUGGCAAUCGGGCACAAGAACUCCGAGGGCUAUUGAAGAUCCGUUAUCCAUUGGAGCAUGGCAUCGUCACAGACUGGGAUGAUAUGGAGAGGAUCUGGCAACACAUCUACACGGACGAGCUCAAGACGCUAAGCGAAGAGCACCCUGUCCUGCUCACGGAGGCGCCGCUCAACCCUCGCGCGAAUCGCGACACCGCUGCGCAGAUCCUCUUCGAGACGUUCAACGUGCCUGCAUUGUAUACUUCAAUACAGGCCGUACUCUCGCUGUAUGCUUCAGGACGGACUACAGGAAUCGUAUUGGACGCAGGAGAUGGUGUGUCACAUGCCGUGCCGGUCUACGAGGGAUUUGCGAUCCCCAACAGCAUCCGUCGAAUCGACGUCGCCGGGCGGGAUGUCACUGAAGAGCUGCAACGCCUGUUACGAAAAGGAGGAAACGUGCUACACACUAGUGCGGAAAAGGAGAUCGUCAAGAGCAUGAAGGAGAAGCUAUCAUACGUCGCGCUGGAUCCCAAGAAGGAGGAGAAAGAAUGGACAAGCGCGAGCAGCCGUGGCGGUGAGGGCAAGAUGGCCGAGUAUACACUCCCCGACGGCCGGAAACUCAAAGUCGGCCCCGAGCGAUUCCGUGCCCCAGAGAUCCUCUUCGAGCCGGAACUCAUUGGACUGGAGUGGCCGGGUCUCCACCAGAUCGUGGUCGACUCGAUUAACCGGACGGACAUGGACCUCCGAAAGUCGCUAUUCGGCAACAUUGUCCUUUCUGGUGGCUCGACCAUGAUCAAAGGCUUCGGCGAUCGAUUGCUUCAUGAGGUGCAACGGCUCGCGGUCAAGGAUAUGCGCAUCAAGAUCUUUGCGCCGCCGGAGCGUUUGUACAGCACAUGGAUUGGAGGGAGCAUCCUGGCGGGGCUCAGCACGUUCAGGAAGAUGUACGUGACGAUUGACGAUUGGCAUGAAAAUCCGGAUAUUAUUCAUCAAAAAUUUGCUUAG